GCUGGAGAGUUUGUGAAAAGUUCUGAGAGAGCAGGAGGAAGUGGGCACCGACUGGUUGAGCUGCACCAGAGGCCGGGGAGCGACGGGGUCUUAAGUGAUCCCUGGGAAACCUCCGUGUCGGGAAGGAGCCGAGCGCCUACAUGAAAGGAGGGACCUUCUUGAAAGUUCGCCCCUACCUGAGCCGGGAAGUCCAGCUUCAGGAUCCGCCGCACUUCCCCCGCGUGCUGGCUCGGUGGCCGAGUCUACACAAGACCCGUGGAGGAUCCGGAUGGCCGUGAGGUGGACCUGGGCGGGCAAGAGCUGCCUGCUGCUGGCGCUUUUAACACUGGCUUAUAUCCUGGUGGAGUUCUCAGUGUCCACUUUGUAUGCCUCCCCAGGAGCCGGUCGUGCCAGGGAGCUGGGGCCAAGGCGGCUCUCAGACCUAGAGGCAAGCGAAGAGGAUUUGUCUCAGCCUCUUUAUAGAAAGCCCCCUGCAGAUUCCCAUGCUCUCGGGGAAUGGGGGAGAGCCAGCAAACUCCAGCUCAACGAGGGUGAACUGAAGCAACAAGAAGAACUCAUUGAGAGAUAUGCCAUCAACAUUUACCUCAGUGACAGGAUCUCCCUGCACCGCCACAUAGAGGAUAAAAGAAUGUAUGAGUGUAAAACCAAGAAGUUUUCCUACAGGUCGCUCCCUACAACCUCCGUUAUCAUCGCCUUCUAUAACGAAGCCUGGUCCACUCUGCUGCGAACCAUUCACAGUGUUUUAGAAACGUCCCCAGCUGUGCUUUUAAAGGAAAUCAUCUUGGUGGAUGACUUGAGUGACAGAAUUUAUUUGAAGGCGCAACUUGAAACUUACAUCAGCAACCUCGAUAGAGUUCGCUUGAUCAGAACCACUAAGAGAGAGGGGCUGGUCCGGGCCCGUCUAAUUGGGGCCACUUUUGCCACCGGGGAUGUCCUCACUUUCCUGGAUUGUCACUGUGAGUGUAACUCUGGUUGGUUGGAACCACUUUUGGAAAGGAUCAGUGAAGAUGAAACAGCAAUUGUGUGUCCUGUUAUCGACACUAUUGACUGGAAUACUUUCGAGUUCUACAUGCAGACUGGGGAGCCCAUGAUAGGUGGUUUUGACUGGCGUCUGACCUUCCAGUGGCAUUCUGUCCCCAAACAUGAAAGGGACAGGCGGACCUCAAGAAUUGACCCCAUCAGGUCACCCACCAUGGCCGGAGGACUGUUUGCUGUCAGCAAGAAGUAUUUUCAGUACCUGGGAACGUAUGACACCGGCAUGGAAGUCUGGGGAGGUGAAAACCUUGAGCUGUCUUUCAGGGUUUGGCAGUGCGGGGGCAAGCUGGAGAUCCACCCGUGCUCUCACGUGGGCCACGUGUUUCCCAAGCGCGCGCCCUACGCUCGCCCCAACUUCCUGCAGAAUACUGCCAGGGCGGCCGAAGUGUGGAUGGAUGAAUACAAAGACCAUUUCUAUAACCGCAACCCCCCAGCUCGGAAAGAGGCCUAUGGCGAUAUUUCUGAAAGGAAGUUACUGAGGGAACAGCUGAAAUGUAAGAGCUUCGACUGGUAUCUGAAAAAUGUGUUCUCUAACUUACACGUCCCCGAGGACAGACCUGGCUGGCACGGAGCAAUCCGCAGUAUGGGCAUCGCUUCUGAGUGCUUAGAUUAUAAUGCUCCUGACAACAACCCCACGGGCGCUAACCUUUCCUUGUUUGGAUGCCACGGUCAAGGAGGCAAUCAGUUCUUUGAAUAUACUUCAAACAAAGAAAUCAGAUUCAAUUCCGUGACGGAAUUAUGUGCAGAGGUUCCCCAACAAAAAGAUCAUGUAGGGAUGCAAAACUGCCCCAAAGAUGGGCUCCCUGUCCCAGUAAACAUCAUUUGGCAUUUUAAAGAAGACGGAACGAUCUUUCACCCUCACACACAACUGUGUCUUAGUGCUUACCGGACAGCCGAUGGGCGACCUAGUGUACAGAUGAAAACCUGUGAUGCCCUUGAUAAAAACCAGAUCUGGAGGUUUGAGAAAUAGACAAUCAGAACAACACCACCUCUUCAGGAGCUGACUGUCACGUCUGGAAAGUCACUGUGCCCCGUGAUGAUUGUAUUUUACCAGAAGUCACCUGGCAGCUGUCUAGAAGAACACUGGAAAGCCAUGGUUCGUCUGGGGAUAUCACUGAAGCUGGGUACACGGAGCACCGCUUCCCAAUCUCCCAAAGUGCCUUCCUUCUCUGCUCUUGGGUUGUUUCAUUUAAAAGCUUUGUCAAUAUAGUCUCCUGCAACUCCUUAAAGAAAGCUGCUGUGAACUGAGCUGCACAAAACUCUUGAGUGUGGGCUGAGGGUGUAGCUUAGCAGUAGAAUGCUUAGCUAGCAUGUGCAAGACCCCGAGUCUGACCCACAGCACCACAAAAUAUGUGCAAGACUUAAUGAUUAGAACAUAAAAGCCCAGGCAAAAUGGGGUAUGAUUCAUUCUGAUUGUUAAAUUCAUUGCAUGUUCUUUUCUUUCUUUUUUAUUUUUUUAUCAAAACUUGUGAAUGUGUAAUUAGAGCUAUUACUUUUUGAUUACGUUCUUUUAGUCAGCACAUUACAUUUUAGGUUUUUAAAACUCACUUGUCUUUGAUGAAAUAAUAGUUGAAGAAAUUUGAUCUUGAGGAAAAGGCCGGGGGUGGAUAUGUGCUUCAUUGGAAGAGGGUCCUAGUCUGAAUGCAAGUUUGGAGGUCUUUUUUAUUUUAUUUUAUUUUAUUUUAUUUUAUUUUAUUUUAUUUUAUUUUACUUUAUUUUAUUAAGACAGAUCUUAGGUAUCACAGGCUUGCCUUGAAAUCCUGAGUCUUGCUUCCAGCUCCCAAGUACUGGGAUUACAGGUGUGUGCCACCGCAGGUGGUUUGGAAGUCUUGUUUGACAGACAGACAGAAAUCUCAGAAAGAUAGUGAGACAUUCACCUUCUGUUCUUUGUAACUGUGAGCUGUUGGAGCAAACUGACCUAUAUCUCAAUACCUCACAUCACUCUGCUCUGUAAGCUGCAUUCUCUGUGACCUUUUUUUGUGAGUAAUAGGGCAUUUUCUGAUUGCACCUCCUUAAGUUGUGAAUGUACUGGAAUAGAGUUCAUUCAGAAGACUGUACCUCCCUUUGUUAAUGCCUAAUCUUAUGAAGUAAACACAAUUGAGAUCUCCCUGAAGUCCACUGCAAAUACCUUUACUGAAAUGUGUGAAACUGAAAGUGGGCCCAGUUCUGCAGAGAGUUUUCAACUCCCCCCAGAGUUUGUGCUGACCUGGGAAUUUAGAGGCUUCAUCUUAAGAUUGCAAGGGGAAAAAGGCUGUCCUGGUCAUUGUUGAUGGGUGCCUUGCGGCUCCUUGAAAGCGUGAGGCAACCUGGCAAUUGGGCAGCUCUGACUGUGUGAGCAAAUGUCUCAGCAGAAGGGUUGGUUUGUCCUGCUUGGGUCUCAGUUUCCUCUUUGCGUUGCUGGAUGGGUUGUUGAGGAUCCCUUUCAGUUUAAUGGUCAGUUGUCCAUCCCUCAGGUCACUCACACACACACACACACACACACACACACACGGUGUGACUUCGAGAAACAUUUUUGUCUUUACUUUGAGCAUAGGCAGUGUUGAGUAGCUAGGCAGCGUUUAGUUUUGGUUUUGGUUUUGUUUUUUAUUUUUUUGGUUUUUUUUUUUUUUGGAUUUGGUUUUUCGAGACAGGGUUUCUCUGUGUAGCCCUGGCUGUCCUGGAACUCACUCUGUAGACCAGGCUGGCCUCGAACUCAGAAAUCCGCCUGCCUCUGGCCUCCCAGAGUGCUGGGAUUACAGGUGUGCGCCACCACUGCCCGCCCUAGCGUUCAGUUUUGAAGAUGGAAAAGCAAGGUUUAAACUUCUGUGAGCUGAGCACACCUGAAGGACUGUGUGAUCUGAAGGGCUCUGAGAGAGGAUAUGAUUAAGAGUUUGUUUUCCAAUCAUUUUUAUUUUGACAACUGUUGAACUGAUUUUGCUUUUUUAAAGUAUUAGACUUUCAAAUCAAUUCUUUCACUGUGAAUAUAAAUAUUUUCCAAACUAAAUUAUUUCAUAAGUACACGCACAUUACCACAUUUUUACUAGUUCCCUACUAGCGUUUUAUCCAGAAAGCACAGGCCAAAUUUGGGAGUGAGUCUCAGUUUCUUGACUUUGAUAAGAAAAGUGGGUGCUCCGCAGAGAACCAGCCCACAGGAAUUCACAAGGAAACCGUUUUCAGUGUUCACUUGACAGUUAGGAUGGACUGGGGACUUUUGUAAGCUCUGAAUUUAAGUAAAUUGUUUAGAGUGACCAUUUGAAAGCAUAAAGUCUGUGUGUGCAUGUGACUGUUUUGUUUCUCACUGAUUCUUAGAAUGAAGAUCUCUUACUAAUUUUUGUAAGUUAUCCAGUAUCCUUAAAGUUUAUGGACAACCUGUCUCGAUUCCAUGAGUAAUGGUUGACCCUGGGUUUCAUUUGAGGAAAUUAUAUAAAUAUGCACAUUCAGGAGGGCAUUCUCCAGCAUGCGUUCCCUCCUCGCCCUGUUUGCUGUUUAUUCUGGCUAGCCCUGUGUCACAGAAGAGAAUUAAAUGGAUGCAAUUCAGAAGUGACUAUUGAAAAUACUUUUACUUAGUAUCUCUGUGCCCCUAGCAAAAGAGAGAAGAGGCUUUUAGACUAGAGUGUUUCCUCCCGUGCCACCUGCCUCUCUGUAUUGGCCGUCAUGGCCCCUCCGUCCUUCUUAGGCUGGUAGUUUAUUUCUAUCCACAAUGCCGAAGAAUAUAACUCACAAUUGUGUACACAACGAAGGACACUGGAGUUGUACUUUUGUUUGCAGACAUGUUCCAGUUUCGUUCCAAAAGCACACCAUAGUGAGACAUGCAGAAGACUCCUUCACUUAUUUCCAGAUUUUUGGCCAGCCACCCGUUUCUCCAUGUUGCUGUAGAAUUUACAUGUUUAGAUGUUAGAAAAGUAUUUGAUGAGCAAGGAGUCUCCCGUUUUGUUGUUUACCUGACCAGUCCUGUAACUAGAUUAGCUACCUAAGCGGCUUAGUGCUUGUCUUUAUUUUUAAAAUGGUAAUGUAGUCAUCAGAAGCAUUUCUCUAACCUUAAAUACCUUGUUUGUAAGGGAAAGUGUGUUUACUCAGCCAAUAAAUAGUAGGCUUUUGCCUGGGUAUUGAUGUUAGUUAGCAGGUUGAAAUAUUCCAGGAAAAGGAUUUAUUUUUAAGUUGUAUAGUCUCCGUUAUUUUAUUGUCUCAGAUUUAAUGAUUAAAAUUUAGAUUUGACUUGUCUUUUGGAAUUGCUGUUUUAACAAGAUUUCUGAAUGAGGACAUAGCUGAGUUUCAGAUUUAUGUCUUUUGAGCAUUGUUUGUUUCCUUUUGUUAACAGAGUCUGUAAUAUCGGUGAAGACAUGCAAUAAAAUGUAUGCCUAAUUAUUUUUGCAAA